AUGGAAAGCAACAAAGCAAACAAAAAGAGAGCUGAUCGUGAUCCACUUAACCAAGAGACAGUCGAUACUAAUGAUGUAGACAUGAGAGACACCUCAGAGAUUGAUAGCCAAUAGAGAAAGAUAGUCAAAGUAAAGAAGAGAGCCUAGAAGUAGGAUCCAGAAAUCUCAGAUGAGGGUGAAGGAGGCAUUGUCUAUUCAGAAGAUGAGUUUGAAGAGGAGCAUAUAGUAGAGCGCAAUGAGGAUUACGGAGAAGAGGAUGGCUGGGAAGAUGUUGACUCCAAUUAAUCAGCCGAGGAAGAAGAUGAGCAGAUGACUGAUACUGGCAAUACCAAAGUUAAAGCAGCUGCAAGUAAAAAUCCCAAGAUAAAGGAAAUUUGGGAUGAAAGCAAGGAGCCACUCUAAGAAGGAGAGGAGCUAGUGUUCGACAACUCAGCCUAUCAAAUGCUUCACAGAGCUAAGGUUGAAUGGCCUUGCCUCUCCAUCGAUAUUUUACUAAGAGAUAGAAUAAAUCAUCAUCAGCAAAAUAAUAAUUGGUUCCCUGACUACACUCAUGCCCUGGACCCAAAGAGCAUGAUUAAGGAUAAAAAGGGAAAUAUGAUACAUAAACAUGAUAAAUUCCCCUAUACAGUUUAUUUCUGUGCAGGUGCCCAGACAACUAAGAAGAGUGACUAGAGAAUAUAUGCAAUGAAGUGGAGUGAAAUGUGCAGAACACUUAAGGAUGAUGAUGAAGUCAAUGAAGAUGAAAGCGAUAGCGAUGCUGAGAAUGAUAAAGACCCAGUGAUGAAAUUCAAUUGUGUUCCCCAUAAAGGUUGCGUGAAUAGAAUUAGAAGCAUGCACGGUACAGGUAUAGUAGCAACAUGGAAUGAUGAGAGUGAAGUUGCCAUCUAUGAUAUAUCAAAAGCAAUUGAAGCAUUAGAUGAGGUACCAAACUAAGAAAAAAAGAAGAAGAAUGAACCUAAAGGUUUUGGAGGAUGCAAGUUGGCUUCAUUUAAGCAUAAUGAUGAGGGAUAUGCUCUUGAUUGGUCUUCAUUGACUUGGGGCAGAUUAGCUUCAGGAGGAUGCAACUCAUAAAUAAAUCUAUACAUUCCAUCUGAUGAGACUUGCUCAAGCUUCGUCAAGGAAACUUAGGUUGGUCUCUAGGGUCACCGUAAAUCAGUAGAGGAUGUGCAGUUCUCACCUUCUUAGGAGAAUGUCUUGGCAUCCUGCUCAGUUGAUUAAACAGUCAAGCUCUGGGAUCUAAGGGCAACUGCAAUGAAGGCUCAACUCUCAUUCAGAGCUCAUGACUGCGACGUCAAUGUGAUCUCUUGGAAUUCUAACACUAAAUUCUUAUUGGCUUCUGGAGACGAUAAGGGAGAGUUCAGAAUCUGGGAUCUCAGAAUGCUGAGACCUUAGGAUGGAGUAGAGCAAAAAAAUUUUGACUCAAUUACAAGAAUCAGAUGGCACACUCAAGCUAUCACCAGUCUGUAGUUCUAGCCAGGUGAAGAGAGUGUACUAGCAGUCAGCUCAGCAGAUAAUAAACUUACUCUUUGGGACUUCUCAGUCGAAGUUGAUGAAACAGCUUAGAACUAAGACGAAGAUAUCCCACCACAGCUGAUGUUCUUGCAUCAAGGAUAGUAGAACAUGAAGGAGUUGAGAUUCCAUCCCUACUAUAAAGAAAUGAUAGUGACCACAGCUGAGGACAGCUACAAUAUAUUCAGACCCAAUCUUGAUCCAGUAGAGGAUGACCUUGUGAACCCAGUUGCUGAGAGUGAUCCAAAUAGCAAUGAGGAGAGCAAAGCUAGUGAUGUCACUGCUGCCUCACACAAACCUCAAAACUACUAUGUCAAUUCAGAUGACGAGGAAGAAGAAGAGAAGAGAAUGGUUAAAACAGCUAUAAAGCUUAACAAGCAACGUACAGAUAAUAAAGAGAAAAAGAGUAAAGACGGCAAGAGAAGAAAAAUAGAGUGA